AUGCCCCCGCGCUUCAGUCACAAGGGCCGACAUUUCGUCAUAAUGGAAGAGGAUGGAUACAUUCUGAUUCCCAAAUCGAUCAAGAGGCUAGAUGUUGCUAGACAUGACCAAGAGCCCUUUUGCUUGUCUGAUAUUGACCACUUCGUCGAGAGCAUACAAGCUUCUGUUUGGACCCUGAAUGUUUUCCUCCACCAAAAUCCCGAGCUGGGUUUUGAGGAACAUAAAGCUCAUGAUGCAUUGACCAGCUUCAUGCGCAGCCAGAAUGGCUGGAAGGUCAUGCAAUCUCUGCAUGGAAUGGACACAGCGUGGAUGAGUGUUUAUGACAGCAAAAUGCCAGGUCCAGCGGUGUCAUUCAACGUGGAGAUGGACGCCCUGCCUGGGCUAGGACAUGCGUGUGGCCACAACCUCAUCGCCGUCACGUCGGUAGCCGCGGCUCUAGCAACAGCGGAGAUGAUGCGGACUCAUCACAUUGGUGGUAAAGUUAUAUUAUUUGGGACACCGGCAGAAGAAGGCGGCGGCGGCGGAAAAAUCAAACUACUCGAUGCAGGUGCCUAUGAUAAUGUGGAUGUCUCAAUCAUCUCCCAUCCCGGAAUUCUCAAUAACAGUCCCAUGGUCCGCACGACGGCUUACACGCGCCUCAGUGUUUCCUACCGUGGUCGUGCAGCACAUGCAGCCAACAGCCCUUGGCUCGGGGUUAACGCUCUGGAUGCUCUCAUCGUGGCGUACAACAGCAUCUCGGUCCUGCGCCAGCAGUUGCGGCCAGAUGACAUUGUGGGUCUCCAGAUUACAGACGGUGGUAACAAGCCAAAUGUGAUACAUGAGCAUGCCGCAGGUGUGGCUGUUCUUCGAGCAAGUAGCUUGUCUAGGCUACAUGAACUGCAGCAGAAGGUUGAGGCAUGUUUUCUAGCUGGCGCCCAGGCCACAGGUGCUCAAGUAUCUAUCGAAGUUACCCUAGGCUACCAUGACCAUGUCCCAAAUCGCGUACUCGCAGAUUCGUGGCGAAAGUAUUGGCAAGCUUUACCCGAUUCUCCCGAGCCGCCAUUACCUCCACCAGGUCAAUUAACAUGGGUGAAGGCCAGUACUGACCAAGGCAAUCUGAGUUAUGCUUUGCCAAGCAUGAAUGUCAGUUUCGCCAUCCCUGCUGGCCCUAAUGGUGGACAGCCGCACAGUCCUGACUUUGAAAAGGCAUCGGGCAUGAGAGGAGCGUUCGAAAGAGCGAUGAGGGUGGCCAAGGCCAUGGCAGGCACGGCAGUGGAUGUAUGUGCUACACCUGGGCUGGUAGACCAAAUCAAGGAGCAAUGGAAACAAGACAUGGCAAAAGAUCACAACUAG